AUGAGUGGUGUUAGCAACACUCUGGGCGCAGUGCAAGCUGCUACAGCUGUCUCCGGGUUCCUCCUUGGAUGCUUAAUUGUCCAAGGAUACGGGUACUUCAAACGCUAUGCUCACGACCCAUGGGGUAUCAAAUGUACUCUUGCUAUUGCGAGUGUCCAUUUUCGAGUGAUCACCUUCAUUCGGUUAAUUUUGUUGUUCAGGACGCUGGGAGCUGCCCAACAACUGUCUAUGGUGGCUGCCGAUUACAACAUGUCUAUUGACAACUUUGGAGAACGUGAUAUUCUCGCGAGGCUACCUACGUCCUUUGGCGUAGCGUUCUUCCUAGACCUCUUUAAUUCACCUCUCGUUGAAAGCUUCUACUUUUGGCGAAUCUAUAAACUGACCGAUAAGCUCUGGCCCUGUGCAAUAGGAACCGUCCUUUCUUGGCUUCGUUGCGCAGGAUGGACCGUGUUUGCAGCUCAGGGAGCGAAGGAAGGUUACAGUAAUUUCUCCCUCCUCGACAGUCACACGUGGCUGCUCGCUAUAACCGUCGGAUACGGCCUGGUUGCCAACAUCUGUGUCGCAAGUAUCAUGGUUGUCUUCCUCUAUCAAAACAGAAACACUACUUUUAUGCGAACUAAAGUGAUCAUUGAUCGCCUCAUAUUGUACACCGUCCAGACUUGUUUGAUUACCGGUCUUGGCUAUGGUACUACGCUCGUAACGUUCCUUACAAUGAAGCAUACUUUUAUCUGGCUAGGCAUCUUAGCUUGUACUUCCAGAGUCUGCACGAACUGUCUAUUAGCCGAGCUCAAUGAUCGCCCCAUGCGCCCUCGCCUAGGCUGCGAAAUGUAUAGGUCUGAUGCUACGCCUGAUACCGAUACUCCUCUGGAAGAGAUCACUAGUUCGCCCAUUGUGAUCAACAUAUCUACGGAGCGUGCCCUAUACGUGGGCUCUGACCGCCACGGGACGUCCGUAUCACCGAGUAGAGAGGGGAAGAUGAAUGUAACCUAA